AUGAGUAUUAGUGUCCAUCUCUCCACACGGGCAGCGAACAAGAAGGUAACACCGCUCUCACCUUGGGAGGCCCACUGUCCACCGCCCCUGCCCGCCCUGCGCUACCCGAUUCCCACCUGGGCAGUCUCCAGUCAGGGCUCCUUUUCUUCCUCUCACACUCCCUUCGAAAGAGUCCCGUCCUGUUAUCGCUCUCGUCACACAUCAGCCGACAAAUCAACAACAAAUCAUACUGCGGUCCCGCUCUCACCCAACUCUUCUCUGCAUUCGACAAAGUACCAGACCAGCAGAGUAAGAGGCCGCGGCAGGCAAUCAAUCCACAGCUUCCUCCCUUUGCCUGAAUUUACCUGCGCCGCUGUUGUCUACGGAGAGGUAUCUCUCUCUAGCAUUCCGCCGAUUCACCGCACACCUACCCGGCUUGAAUCGCACUCACCGUUCGGCCCUUGUCUCGAAAACGUUAGCAUCGGCACGUUGAUUGUCGACACCUUGGAGAGCCCCUCCGCCCGAGUCCUCCUUACGGUCUGGUCUCCAUCCGUACCGUCACUACUACAGUCCCUACCCGCCCAUCUCACCACCACAGCGUCGCAGCACGACCAGUUACUGCCUCUCCCCGCUCCGUUUCUAGCCUGCCGUGGACGGAUAGCCCCCUUGUCAUUCUCAAGGGUCCCCAAGAUCUGCGCUUUCGCCCCUGCCAUCAACCGCCCUUUCACACUCAAUCGUCUUUCCGGCAUACGCAGCGACGCUCAGCUCGGCUCCCCAUCCCCUCCUCGACAAUCAAUCGACACUCACCAAACCUUGCAUCAUCCUCCUAUCCCGUCAAGUCACGUUCGCGGUCCAGGCCGCAUCCCAAUUCGCCGUUUCGCCCUCACACCCAAAAAAGAAACGACGUACACCACCCUUUCGCGCCCUCUACCAAUACUGCACAUCCCACCGCACCUAUUCCUGCUUCUCGCCCUUGGGCCUUCCUUGCCCUCCACCACUGGCAAACCUUGGCUCUCCUCUCGUCCUAUCAUUGCCGCUGUCCACUUCGCCUACUCGCCAGAGCUUGUGGUUGCCCUGCCUCGUGGGUUCAUCCUUUCUCCGGCCUCACUUGAUCCGUUCGAUGUCAAGUCAUCGUACCACCUUCGUCUGCUUGACCGGCCGGCGAGGUCCGGAGAGCUGUCAACCACACCGAGCCCCGAACCACGAUGCCUCUGCUCGCGCUGCCCUGACUUGACGAUUUCCUCUUUUCCGACCCCUCUGCCCGCCAUGGGUUCGCUCGCUGGCCAGACGAGCUCAUCUCCGGACAUGGCCCGUCCGCCGCCUCUCAUGACUACCCCAGACGAUGGCGAGGUAGAAUAUCGCGCCCAGGUGUUGCGGCUGUCGUCGCAACGAUCAGAAGCAGAUGUUGAGGAGGAAUUGGUCGCAAAGGCAGUCGCCUUGGGUAUUCCAACGUCCCGGUUCACACACGAUAAGCGCAAUACCUCGAGCGCGGAAUCGCAGACCUCGACCAUCGCGACGCAACAUGUCCGAACGUUCUCAAAUGCCUCGCGAGAUUCAGCAAGCACAACCUUGACAUCUCAUCCGUCUUUACAUGCUGUCCCGCUUGCCGCCGACGUUCCUCCGCAUUCCCUCGCAAGAAAACGCUCCAAGAGCCUCAGUUUCUCUCAGUACGACAAGUAUCUAUCGCAAAUAGAUCCCAAUAUCCACCAACCAAAAAUCCAAAAGGCCUCCCCAGCCAUACCACACGAUACAACCGCACACAGCCUCUUCAGCGUGACUUCAAGAAGAAGCUACUUUAGCAUCAAAGAGGGCAUUAGGAAAAUACGAUGGAAGCGCAAGUCUGGCUUGCUCGAAUCCACAGUUUCUUGCAUAUGCUGUCGCAACGACUUCAACAAGUCGAAUGCCUUGCACAGCUUACCGUGUGGCCACACAUACUGUGCCGAAUGCCUCAGUAUCAUGGUCCAGCAAGCUACGACGGACGAGUCCAAAAUGCCGCCUCGAUGCUGCACACAACCAAUCCCGGGAUCCAUCAUUCAGAGAAUCCUCAACCGAGAGGAGCAACAUGCCUUUUUGAAGGCGGUUUUGCAAUUCAGCACACCUUGGGAAGCUAGGAUCUUUUGCCCAAAUACGGCCUGUGGUGAAUUUAUCCCUCCUCGCAACCGGAUCGACCCGAAGCACCCUUUUGAUGUGGUGUGCCGUAAAUGUCGGACACGGGUAUGCGUCAUGUGCAAACGUAAUGCCCAUCCCGUAGGCAAAGAUUGCCCUUCUGACUGGGAACUGGAGGCCGUUCUCAAGAUGGGCGAGAAAUCCGGCUGGCGACGUUGUUAUAAGUGUCGAACAUUAGUCGAGUUAAGCCAGGGGUGCACCCACAUGACCUGCAGAUGCAAAGCUCAGUUUUGCUACAUCUGUGGCGCCAUCUGGGAUCCAUCCGUGGGUUGCCCCAACUUUUGCAACGGAGACGAAGAGUUGGAGCGCAGGAGAAUGGAGGAAGAGGCCAGAGAAGCUGAAUUGGAGGCGGAAAAGGUUGCUCAAGAAGCAGCGGCAGCCGCCGAAGCCGCUGAAAAGGUUGAAGCAAAGAAGCGGACCCGUGAGAACGCGCAGUUCGCUGCGUUGCAAGACGAGAUGAACCAAGAGCUGGAUCGAUUCCGGGCGUACUUGAGGAAGAAGAAAUGGGUCAUGUGGACGCGACACGCUGAGAAGAAGCAGGCCUUGACGGACCGAUACUCGGACCAGAUCGAUAAGAUGAAAGAGCGUCACGCGAAGACGGCUGCUCACUUGGAGGAACGUCAAAUUGAGGCUGAGAUGGAUCUUCGGUCAACGCUUGACCAGAGCGAAAAGAGUGUCAAGAUUCGUCUCAAGCACAUGGAGGCGUACUGCGAUGGGCUUGGCCGGACGCAGAAUGCUGAUCUGCCACCACGAGUAGUUACAGAGAGGGACCUACGCCUGCUGGGACAACAGUACAACGUGCGAGAUGGCAUGGAGCGUUUGCAUCAGGCAAAAAUCAACGUUUUGCGAGACCGGCAGGCCAAGCGCAUGGAGGAGCUUUUGGAACGACAGGAGCAAGAACUCGAGAAACUGACCGACAAGAAGGAGCAGGAUAUAGAGAAUCUGGCAACGGAUUUUGCGCAAGAAGAAGAUACCCUGGUCAAGAUUUUUAAUGACCGCAAGCAGAGACUGCAACGACGUUGGCUGAUUGCAAUCGAAAUACUCCGAAAGGAACUGGAGGAACAGACUGGCGAGCAGUAUGCAUCGCUCGACCUGCCCACAUGGCCUGACGAUACCGAGACUCAGGAUGAGAUCCUAGCAUCAUCACUUCCCGAAUCUCUCCCAAGCAGGGACUAA